AUGAGCGGUUCAAGAACUACUACGACAGCUGAAACAGCAAACAGCCUAAAUACAAAGGAGUUCGCCGGAGAAAAGGUGGGGGAAAUGGGUUUCGGAGAUAAAGAGUUUCCCGGAACACAAAGGCGGCUUUGCUGGUUAGGUUCUCUUUAUUCUUCCCCCGGAGGCAGGCUGCGGUGAGUUCGCCGGAGAAAGUGGGGGAAAUGGGUUUCGGAGAUAAGAGUUCCCGGAACACAAAGGCGGCUCUGGUUAGGUUCUUAUUCUUCCCCGGAGGCAGCUGCGGUGGCUCAUGAUAUAGCUUCUUAUUGUUUAAGAGGACACUCGUCCAUCGACAGCUUAAAUUUUCCCGAUUUAAUGUUGCCCGCGAGUGUAAGAGGGGACAUGUCCCCUACGUCUAUACAGAAAGCAGCUUCAGAUGCUGGUAUGGCGGUUGAUGCGCAGAUGAUAAUGAACAGAGUUGGGUCUUCUGAUAAUGAAGUUAAUGGAAAUGGUGCAGUUCUUGGUUCUGAGACAGAGCAGCUCGAGUGGGGAGAUGUUGGUGGUGAUGGUGGUCGUGGGAAUUGGAGUGGCAGUGGAAGUCAGUCCAGAGAUAGUGGAGACAGUUUAAACAUUUCUGUUGAAGAUUACUAUUUUUAGUUUCUUAUUAUCUAGAUUAAAAAUGGUGAUCUCUUUAUAGAUAUAGCCUUUCGAUGUGUAUAUACUAUUUAGCUAUAUAUAUCAAUAUGAUAUGAUUAUGUAUUUGAUAA